AACUCGAGGAGAAAGCAAAACAAAACGUUCAUAGUUAAAACAACAACAACAACGAAGUAUUUAACUUUAAUAUACAUGUGUGUUAAUGACACCUGAUGACGCAUGUGUCUUACGCAAGGAACCAAAUAAAGUAAGUUUAAUAUUAGGGCUGUAACUACGAAUGGAAACGUAACAAAGCUGGACGGGAAUGAAUUCUAUUGAUGCCCCGUAAAGCCUCAAACACAGGGAAGCCUCCAUUGCUGUUUCUGGAGCGACCACUGAACGGAGCCAGACUCCAAAAUGAGCCCGAUGUGCGAGCAGCUCUUCAACCCAAAGAGUUCUUCACAGAGACACAAGCACAGAGCAGCUCCACUCUUAAUUCGUGGGUAAACCCACAAUUUGACACCUCACUCGCAGCUGCACCUCCAGCAAGAAGAGGGAGGAGGAAAUGUCAGUCCGCUACGAGCAUCCUUGACCGAUGCAGUCAGCUGUCCAGGAAAACCAGUGUAUGCAAAUUCCCCUCGUUAUCGUUCCAGACAAGGUCAAGAGACCAUCAACCAAAGAGCACACGUGCAAACAAAGCCACAGAGUCGGCUGCUGUGCCCGAUGAGGGAAAUCUACCACACAGAUCAUGCCGAAUCAAAAAGGCGGUUUCAUGUGCACAGCAUGUACAGUUGCCAAAGAGACAGUCGUCCUCAAUUAGGAAAAAGAAAGAGGAGAGAUUUUCUGAUGGUGCUUCAUCCUCCAGCAGAUGUGUUGACCAGGCUGAAGCCUCACCUAUUCGAGGGGAGAAACGCACAGUUCCAGCGAACGCUUUAACACCUGACUCAACUGAGUUAAGCAGUAUUGGUCCAGCCCCAGAUGUGGACACACCGAAACUAAUACAAGAGGGGAGAAGUUGUCCCUCUUCCCCCUCUGUACACCUGCUACUGGCUCAAUCAUGUUCACCGCCAAGUAAUCAUCCACCUGACAUUUUGGUGGCGGACACGCCAGAGAGGGAUUAUGGGUUGAAGGUGACAUGGAGGAAGAGGAAGGGUCUGAUGUUGCUUUUAAAAACGCGAGGUCUUCUCUCUGAUUCGGAUGUGCUCAUUCAUAGCUGAUGUUCAGGUUUGGUGAGAAGAGAAUCAGGCAAUAAUGUCAACAGAGAAGAAACCCCUGUUAUUCACUGGACAAUUUCUGUGAUCAGAAUUCUCCAUGAAGCAUUUUACAGAACUGAAUUGAGCUUCUACCUCUGAUUGUCACACAUCAGGUUACUGAUUGUUAACUGUUUACUUUGAUUCAAUUCAAUGACAAGCCAAGGAGGUAAUGAUAUAACUGCCUCACUCUGUGUAAGAGUCAAAAAUAAAUCUGAUUAUAGGUCUAAUUACUGCAAUAUCCAUUUCUGAGAAUAUGCCUACACAGAUUCCAUUCAUACUUGGUUUUUCCAGAUAAUGUUACAAAUCACAGACAAGUCUUGUUUUCAAAUUGCAACCUCUGGCAGGAAAAACCCUAUCUCUUGUUAUGUGAAUACUUCUUCAUUGAAAUAACUAUAAAUUGAUCCGGACUGUGCCUACAUGAUCUAUAACUGAUAUCACAUCACCAUAACUUUCUCAAUGACAUGAAAUCAAAGGUUUGAUAAAAGCAAGGACAAUUUGAUUGUUGUUUUUGAUGCAAUGCCAUGUAACUCUAAACAUCAUGUAUUACAACAAAAGAGAUGUGUAAUAAAUAUAUGUGUGCAAAGAAAGACAAGCAGUGUAGGUAAGGGUGGGCAGGUAGCUGUUAUGGUGUAAAAAUGAAAUUUAAAAUCAAAACUCAAUGUUGAAUAAAAUA